CGAGUCCUGGCCGGGCAUGGCCGAGGCCGACAGGGACCGGCUGCAGCUCAUCAAGGAGAAGGAGGCCCUGCUUCAGGAGCUGCAGCUCAUCAUCCAGCAGAGGAGGCCGGCGGAGGACGUGGCCCGGCUGGAGGAGGAGCGGCGGCGCCUGGAGGAGGAGAUCCAGCGCUCCCGGGCCACGUCCGUGCAGGGCGCCACGGAAAGGAUUCUACUUCAGGAAAAAAGAAACUGUCUCCUGAUGCAGCUGGAAGAAGCCACCUGCCUAAUGUCCUAUCUCCAGUCCCAGUUACAAAGCCUGUCCGCCAGCACCCUGACCGUCUCCUCGGGGAGCAGCCGCGGCUCCCUGGCCUCCAGCCGCGGCUCCCUGGCCUCCAGCCGGGGCUCCCUGAGCUCCGUCAGCUUCACCGACAUCUACGGCCUCCCGCAGUACGAGAAGCCCGACGCCGAGGGCGGCCCGCUCCUGCGCUUCGACCUCGUCUCCUUCGACUCCCUGCGCCGGGACGCCCCCUUGGCGGAGGCCCCGGGCCCCGCGGGCCUCCACAAACACACGCGCUCCCUGGACACGCCGCAGUCCCUGGCGUCCCUGUCCUCGCUGUCCCCGCCCAGCUCGCGCUUGGACACGCCCUUCCUCCCGGCCUCGCGAGACUCGCCCCUGGCCCAGCUCGGGGACGCCUUCGAGGUGGCGGGCCUGGGCGCCCUGGACAGGCUGCGCGCUCAGGCCUCCGCCUUGGGGGACGAAGACCCGCCGGGCGCGGCGUCCCUGCCGCCGCACGGGUGCCCCGGGGACGGGGAAGGACCUCGCGAGCGAGGACCCCAAGCGGCUGCCGCUCCCACGGCUGCACGUACCAAACUGAGGGAAGACAGCGCCCAGAGGCUGGAGCGGAGAGCGUGCUGCGUGUCUGCCUGCCUGUCCGAUUACUCGCUGGCCAGCGACAGCGGCGUGUUUGAACCUGCCACCAAAAGGAGUGAGGAUGCCGACGAGCCUGUGCCUGGAGACGCUUGCGGUAACGAGGGGCCCCAGAUCCAUGUUGGAUUUUUGCACGACAGUGCCAGCGAGUGUCUCCUCGUGAACGUGCUCCAACUGAAGAACUUUGCCGGGCUGGUGGUGAAGGAAGACUGCAAAAUGGAGAAGGAAAUCUGUGUUGUCUCCGGUGGGGAGAUGGGUGCCCGAUGGGGGUGUGAGGUCCCACUUACCCUGGCGGGUGAACCCACCUGUGAUGGGUGCUCAGGCCUGACGGUGCCUUCCCCUUCCGUGAGUCGUCUUUGUAAACUGGCCUCCCGAAGGCCUUGGAAGCAGCCUGGUGUUCAGCGGCUGAGGGUUCGCCCUGAUGGUGUCAGUUCUUCGGACUUUCUUUUGGUGUUUAAUGAAGUUUUCAAAAUCCCUGUGCAGUCAAACAUGGUGAUGUUGGAGUCCCUUCAGUUAUACAUGUGCUCAGUGAAUCCGCAGCUGCAGGAAGAACUGCUGGGCAUUGCUCAGAUUAACUUGGCUGAUUACGAUGGUUCGAGCGAGAUGCAGCUGCGCUGGUACUCGGUGCAGGUGUUCACCGGCCCCGAGCCGCCCCGGCGGGAGGACGAGCGGCUGGGGCACAGCGACUUCUGGGACCCUGCACACACCACGUCUGGAAAGACAGACGCGGUGACGGUGCUGCUGGCGAGAACCACGGCCCAGCUGCAGGCGGUGGAGAGAGAGCUGGCCGAGGAGCGGGUGAAGCUGGAGUACACGGAGGAGGAGAUCCUGGAGAUGGAGCGCACGGAGGAGCAGGCCGAGGCCGUGUCCGAGAGGAGUUGGCAAGCCGACUCGGUGGACAGUGGCUGUAGCAGCUGCGCCCAGACCAGCCCCCCGCACCCAGAGCCCUGCUGCGUUGCUGUCAGCUCCAUCCACGGACACACGUUUGCUGGCCAGGCAGACCCUUACGGCCCCGAGAAACUUCAGCCCCCGCCUCUGAAGGUUGAUAAGGAAACCAACACAGAAGAUCUCUUCCCGGAAGAGGUGGCGAGUCUGCCGAAGGAGAGGCCCGGCCGCAGGGCCCGCGGCUCGCCCUUCUCGCGGAGCAGCACCCUUGUGCGUUCCCAGACUUUCUCGCCCGGAGCACGAAGCCAGUACGUCUACAGACUUUAUCGUAGUGACAGCGACAGUUCAGCGCUGCCCCGGAAGUCCCCCUUUGUCCGAAACACUUUGCAAAGACGAACCCUUCGCUAUAAGGAGCCCUGCAGGUCCUCCCGGGCGGCGCUGGCGGCGCGCACGUCCCGGGACCUGGAGCUGGACCUCCAGGCGUCGCGGACGCGGCAGCGGCAGCUGAACGAGGAGCUGUGCGCCCUGCGCGAGCUGCGCCAGCGCCUGGAGGACGCCCAGCUCCGCGGCCACGCCGGGCCCCCGGCCUGGCUGCUGCGCGACGAGCGCUUCCGGAGCCUGCUGCGGGAGGCCGAGAGGCAGACGAGACAGACCCAACUUGACUUCCAUCAAGAACAGGCAGCUGAGCAGAUGCUGAAGAAGGCCUCCAAAGGGGUGUGCCAGCUGCGCGGGCAGAACCUCAAAGAGCCCAUCCAAGUGCAGGCGUUCAGGGAGAAGAUAGCAUUUUUUACAAGACCAAGGAUUAACGUACCUCCUCUGCCCGCCGACGAUGUUUGAUGUAGUGCUUUGUACACAUGAAGUAUUUAUCUGCCUGUUUUAUUUUCAUGAAGUUCUUAGACUAGCUAAAUUUGUCUUUAAAAUAUUUGUGCAAAGCUAUUAAUAUACACAUUUUGUAAAAAAUAAAUAAAAACAAAACACAUAUAUCUAUACAUAUAUAUUUUAUAAUAGUGACGGCAACAGGGCUUGGUUUUUCCUUGUUGUGAAAUUGACAUCUCUGAAGACAGGUUAUUUUAUAAGAGAUCAAUUAUCAUGUUAAGAGUGUACAGUUUUUACGCUGUUUUAUUUGACUUAAAGGCUGGAAGACAGAAACGAAGUGAGUUCAGGCAAAUUCACUGUAUUGUAAUUUAUUUAUAGUACUUUUUUUUUCCUUGAAGGAAAAUACUGACUUUAAGAUGUAUUUUAAGACUGAAAUUUUGUUCUUCAGUAUUUGUCAUGCGGUAGAAUGGAACUUUGGGGCCGGUUUUGUGUCUGACAUCGGAAAUGCAAACACUAUGUGCUGAACUCGUCACUCGCCCCGUUUCUCCUGUGUGCAUUUAUCAUGUAUAUUGUACACUUUGGCACCCUUUGUGUUCUGUUAAGAUGCCACCUUAGGGGCUCAGUCCUAAGUCAGUGCGGGGUGCGCGUUGCGGAGCUCGGUCUUCCUCGCGGGCUGGGCACCCAUAGCCCCUGGUUUCCGUGCACCUUUCCGUGCCCACCCCGGGUCUGAGGCCGGUCACGGAGCCCCCGGCAGCGGCAGCCGCACAGCCCGCCCUCACCCGGCCACGGCAGCCCCGCCUGCCUUUUCAGUCCGCCCCAUCUGAUCCUGACUGACAAGGAGGGCAGUGGUGGAGCUUCUGCUCUGCUGCUCUGCCCUGCAGGAAAGUGAAAAGAGAAGAAGGAAGGUGCGUUUUCACUGAGUCACUGGAUCCGCUGAUGGAUAGAGCAGGCACGGCAUGGACACGAUAACCUUUGAAGGCGCUUUUUUGAGGAAGCCAGCUUCCGUGGGAACUCCAAGUACCCGGCGAGUCACUCACAGGAGAGCGUGUGCUUUCGAUCAGAGGGCCCCCGCCCCAUACUGGAGUCUUCCCAACAUUUCUUAAGAAAUCUUAGAACUAGCUCAUGAGGAAAAAUAUUUUUAUUCAAUAAAAGGAUACAACUAUUCUUUUGAAUUGCCAAGUGAUAUAAAUAUUUUGCCUUAUAUAUACUUACUAUAUUUAAAAUGCACUCUUCUUCAUGAAGCUUUGGAUGAGUAAACAAGAUCAGUCACAAAAUGUGAAAGAAAGAAAAUACAACUCUUCCUGUAACUUUCU